ACGCAUAAUGCGUUCACAAAAGCAGAAGUUGGAUCAGAAGAGCCACUGGAAGGACCUUUGUGGAACCUUUUUAAGACUAGAUGCAGUUGCCUUCAUUUUUUUAUUCACUGUCUUUUCAGCAGUUUGAGGAUUAGUUUGAUUUCUGUUUCUCAGAUUUGUUCAAUUCAUCACGAUGGCUGAGUCCGGUUUCCCUUUACCGCCGGAUUCAUUCUGUCCUCUGUGUGCAGACGGACUCAGAGAUGCGGUCACUAUUCCUUGUGGUGACACUUACUGCCUGGAGUGCAUUAAGAUCUACUGGGAUCAGUUUGACCACAUGGGUGUGUACAGCUGCCCGCAAUGCCGCACGACGUUCACGCCCCGGCCGGUGCUGAGACGCAACCUCCCUGACGUCCACCACGAGCCGCGGCCGCAGCUGCCAGAGCUCACGCCGUUUCCCUACAUGCACCGCGAGUCCUACUGCGACUUCUGCGUCGGCCGCCGCAACAAGGCCGUCAAGUCGUGCCUCAUGUGCCUGGCCUACUACUGCGAAACGCACAUCAAGCCUCAUUAUGAGUCCUCCACGUUCAAGAGGCACAAGCUCGUGGACGAGACGGGACACCUGGACAGGAAGAUCUGCCCGCAGCACGAAAAGGGCCUGGAGUUGUUCUGUCGCUCGGACCAGAUGUGUAUAUGCGUGCUGUGCACGGUCAGAGAGCACCGCAGCCACAACAUCACUUCAGCAGAGGAGGAACGCAUUGAAAAACAAAAAGUCCUGGUUGUCACGCAUUCUCAAGUGCAACACAUCAUUUCCGAUAGGAUGAAGGAGCUGCAGGAGCUAAAGCAUAAUGUGGAUGUUCUAAAAGGGGCUGCACAUCGAGCGCAGACAGAAAGUGAUAAGACCUUCCACGAAAUGCUGCAGGCGGUUGAGCGCUGGAAGUCUGAAAUCAACCAGAUGAUAAUGGCCAACAUGCAGGCAGCAAUGUCACAAGCGGAGGGUUACGUUGAGCGCCUGGAGCAGGAGAUCAUGGAGCUGCAGCGCCGGGACGCAGAGUUACGACAAAUCCUCGACACCGAGGACAAUAUUCAUUUUCUGCAGAAUUUUCCAACCCUGUGUGUUCCUCCUGAGGCCAUGGUUCCCAAAGUGCUCAUCAACCCCCAGUUUUCCUUUGGAGAGAUAAGCAAAACAGCCACAGAUAUGAAGGAAAAUUUGGACGACAUCUGCAAAAAAGAACUGAGCAAAAUCUCCAAAACAGUCAGUGAAACUCCAGUCUACAUCCUUCUGCCCAGAAAUGGAGACAAACGUCUCAAAGCAGUUCCUUCCAGGGUAGAUUUUCAGGAGCCAAAAUCAAGAGCAGACUUCUUGAGAUAUGCCUGCAAGAUGUCCUUUGAUCCAAACACAGUCUACAAAGAGCUUGUCUUGUCGGAUGGGAAUCAGAGAGUCACUCGAAAGAAAACUAUCCAGUUUUACCAGGAUCACCCGGAGCGCUUUGAUGGUUUCUCCCAAGUGCUGUGCAAAGAGGCUCUGUCUGGCUUCAGAUUCUACUGGGAGACGGAGUGGAGUGGAGAGUUUUCCGUAGGGGCGGCCUACAAGAGCAUCAGCCGAAAGGGCAAAAACUCGCAAAGCCUGCUGGGCUACAACGACAAGUCGUGGAGUCUCCUCUGCUCAGACUCAGGCUACUCAGCCUGGCACAACAAAGUAGACCAAGACCUCCCUCAUGUUCCCAGGUCAACACGCAUAGGCGUGUACUUGGACUAUGCAGGAAACACUUUAUCCUUUUAUUCAGUAUCGGAGACUAUGUCGCUUAUCCACAAGUUCAAAGCCGAGUUCAGUGAGCCUUUGUAUGCUGGUUUCGGUGUAGGCUCCUCAGUAACCCUUUGCCAACUCAAGCAAAGCACCCAGCCUUACACUUAAAAAUCGUUCUAAUGUUUAUUGGAAAUUAAGUAUAAAGCUCACAGCUUGUUUCUAUUCAGUAUAUUUCUAAUGCAUGAUUUAUAUGUCAAGUUACAGAUCACAGUGCAUCAUAUUAUAUUAUGUUGUGCUCAACAUAUUAUGAAACUCAUGGGGGAGAAUCAGUAAAUUAAACAUUUUCACCCAAUUUUUCAUUAAUAUUUUUUCAGUUUGUUCAUUUUGCACAGAGUCAAUGUCGGUGUCAUGGGAAAACCUUGUGAAUUGUAACAAAGUACUAUAGUAAAACCACCAGAGGUCAGCAGACACCUGCGUUUGAGGGAAGCCAUCUUAGUCGUAGUUCAUGUAUGAAUGAUGAACCUUGAUGUGAAGCAAUACACUUUCACACAGUUUUUUUACCCUCUACACUAAUCUCUCUUUUCAAUGUAAAUCUGAUUUUCAUUUGUUUAUCUUUGUGUUCUGAUCUAGUCAUCGCAGUUUUUAAAUGAGAUGUAAAAUUUCAAAACCAUCAUUUAAAUACUAUACAAACAAUAACAGUGAGGUCUGUGACAUCAGCUUAUUCUAUAACUUGCUUCUAAACCACUCAAUAAAAUGUUGUACAUCUGAAUCCAUUGUUUUCUUUUGUGAACCUUUGGGGCUUUUUAGAACAACUUUUA